UCAGUUGUCAUUGUCAUUAACCUUUGGAAUUGGAGGUUAUGUUUUCUGUAAAAUAAAAAAUAGAUUUUAUGCAAAAUACUGAUAGAAAAUAAUAUUAUUGUAUUGUUAAUAAAAAAUGUCAUAUUAAAUACCGCAACUAUGAUGAACUCACUACAAAACACCGUAAAAUAUUUACGGCUAGUAAACUUAAAAACAGCACUGACCACUUUAAAGGAAUGCAAUAAUACUACAACGAAGUCAAAGAUAAACGUAAUUUCAAAAGCAAAAUCUUUGUCUUUUACGCCUCGUUCUAUCAAUUUUGAGAUCAAUGAGCAGCCCAAUGGAGUAAAGAGGAAGCAAGAUCCUCUCACCUAUGUCCCCAUAGUGAAUCCUCGGUCUAUAUUGCCUCUGAUUGACUCUAAUUGGAGGAAGGACGAGAUAGGCUUGCCUCCUAUACAACAAGAAGAGAAGCAAGCGGUCCGUUUGAUUGUAAUUCGACGUAAAAAGAUGAAGAAACAUCAGAGGAGGAAGCUGUGGAAGAGGAUGAGGUUUCGCUGGGCUCGGGUAAAGAAAAACCGUCGCAUAAAAAAGGAGAAGAUCUUCCAGCAUGAACUGCUGUCUAUGGUGAAGCAAGCAAACGAGUUCUCGGCAGAGCAGUACGUGUCUGCUAAGCUGCAGAAAGCCAACCACACUCCGCUGCCCACGCGCUGGCGACACAAGCGGCUGCCGGAGUUCAUCAUCAGACAACUGCUGGGCAUUGAUAAGAAAAUUAACUAUAAACAUACUGAUGUUUAUAAAGCGUGAAUUUGUAUAGUUAAAUAUUUAAUAUAGUGUUAUAGUAAU